CUUUCAGGCAUAAUGGUCUGGAUGUGAAACUCUACUACUUGUUCAUAAUGGCAAUAAGAUGUUUGGUGCUGCUAUUGAUAAUGAUGAGAGCCCUUUCACAGUCUUUUGAUAUGAAGAAAUUUCUGAGCAGCUAUAGUAAAGGAUCUAAUCCUAAGAUCGCUGCUAGACUGUAUAAACCUCUUCUCACAGAUGAUGGAAGAAUUUACACUUGCUCAGGGAAGCAUCUUUUUUCAUUUGAUCGUAAUGGCACAGUUGUUUGGAUUAUCCCCCUGGGUUAUGUAUCAAGACCUGAAAUUUCUCCAGUUGUUGAUGAUAAAGGGAAGAUGUUUCCACUUUGUCAAAUUUCAAUAAGUAUAUUGUAUGCUUCUAUAUUUUUGACUAUUAAGAAUCGAGGACUCUUUGCACUCUCAUUUCAUGGGAAGUUAUUGUGGAGUGCUGGUCCUAUUCUUUAUCGAUUUGGUUAUCGCCAGGGUUGCAAAGAAAACUCAAGGGAUUGUUAUUUUAGUUCAACGCCUGUUGUUGACCAAUGCGAGGGAACCCUCUACAUCUUCAACACCGAGGGACAGCUCUAUUCCUUGUAUAUGCGGACUCACCACUUUAGAUGGGUCCAUGAUUUCAGCUCCAUUGACAAGUUUAUGACAACUAUACCCGGAAAUAAUGGUCUCCUAUACGUUAUAUUUCCUAGAAAGGCUUCAGUGAUUGCGCUUGAUGUUUAUUCUGGAAAUAUUUUGUGGCAACAGAGUUUUGGUCCUUUGGGUACAGAGCAGAGCUUUCCUGUGGUGGAUUCAAAUGGCUGGUUAUCUAUUGGCUCACUGGAUGGUUAUUUGUAUUCCGUCUCACCUACUGGUGAAGUGAAGAAGCUCCUUAAGUCAACUGCAAUUGAUUCAGUUAUCCAAACCAGUCCAGUUCUAGACUGCUCAGGAUUUGCUAUUUAUGUACUGCAAACGAGGGUGAUAGCAAAGUCAAUUCGUGAUAUUGGAAACUACACCUACAUUUCAGCAAUGAAGCCAGCAAGCCUGGUGCUCACAAUGUUGACUCCGGCUACAGGGACUGUUUAUUGGACUGGAAAUUAUCCCGGCGAACUGACUAAUUUUCUGACCAAUAGUGAUCUACGGUAUUUUACACUAGAUGAAAGGAUCUUUCUCACCUUCCUAUCUUCUUCAAGAACUGGCAGUGCUUUGCCAUGCCACACCAUGAGCCAAAUAAAUGCUUGGACCUGCUCACAAGCAAAGCCCAAGUUGGUUAACAUGUAUACAGGCAACGAGGGAGCAAUCCUGCCUUUUAUCUUCUUUCAGCUUGCAGUGUUAGUUCUGUUAGCUUUCUGUGUCCGCUUCUGUUUCAUAUUUUGGAGGAAGAGAAAGCUCCAAGAGCAUGGUCUCGCUAUGUUCCUUGACAAAAGGAGAUCAUUACACCAUAAAAGGAAGACACUUGGAAGGAUGAUAGGUAAGCUGGAGCUAAGGGCAGAGGAAGACACAAACGCCCAUGAAAAUCUGGAACAAUUGGGAGAGAUGGUUAAUAUAAAGAAGGGGAUCGAACGAAAGCUUUCGACGUCCUACAGUUUGGGCCGUGACACCGUCAUUUCGCAACAAGGAUCGAUUUUGCCAUUAUCUGAUGGCAAGGACAGGAGCCAUUCAUUGCACAGUGCAAGGAAGGAGGGUGUAACUAUGUUUAACACUCUCAGUUCCAGUGAAAGUGGAAGCAGUAGUGAUGAUAGCAUUGAUAGAGAGAGUAGGCAGAGCUGGGGAGAAACUGAACAAGUGGAUAAGGGAAAAGCAGUUGUUGUGGGAAGUUCUUCCUCAACAAGUUAUUUGGAGUCCGAAAAUGACAGUGGGGAGGAAAAUGUGGCUGAAGAGGAGGACGCUAUCUUCAACUAAUUAGAAUCCUAAGCUUUAAAUUCCUUUUUUUUUGUUAAUAGGGAACCUGUUGCCUGUAUAGACUUGUUUUGUUUUGUAUUUGUUCUCUGUUCUAACUUCAGUUAAAAAUUUUAGUUGUUACCUAUGUUUUGCAGUUAAACCUGUUACUGGAACAUCAUAUGGUACUAAAUUUUAUCUUGAAUAUUAUAGUAAGAAUAAGUCUAACCCUUGAAAGGUUUACAUGUACUGUGACAGUUCAAGCAAUAUAGAUAAUUACACAAAA